ACUGCUGCCCACAUCCCACCAACUCAAAAGUACCUGCAAUAUACUGACAGUCAGGAUGUUAAUAUAACAAACCUUGGAAACUCCCAGUGAGCAAAACGUUGUAGCCUCCGGUAAGUUCUUGGCUUCCACAUACUAAAGAAUCUUCUUCCUGUGAUGUGUAAUCAAAUGGAUGACUCAUAUUACCUGAGGCACUCAGUCAGUUUGAGCCUUUACGAUUGUAAAUAAGGCUUUAUGGAAUGACCUUGUUCACCGUUUUGUAAUCUUUUAAGGACAGGUGCUCUCUCAUUGCCAGCUCAGUGUUUGCUUUCUCUGUCCUGGGUAGGGAGGGGACCAGACGUCAGCCUGAAGUGGUGGGAGGAAAGUCAGUCCGCCUCUUAAAGCCUCACAUUAAGAACUGGUUUGCAGUUGCUUUGCAAGAUUCUCAACAGGCACAUUCUUCUGUUGACUGCAUGCCCAUCAUGGAGGAAGGAAGGGGGAUUCUGAAAGAGGGCUUUCUAGUUAAAAAGGGCCACGUUGUCCCCAACUGGAAGACAAGGUGGUUUGUUCUUUUCCAGGACAGGCUGCUCUAUUAUAAAGUGGUGGGAGGCAAGCAGGAGCCUUCUCCAAGGGGGAGGAUUUUUCUGGAUGGCUGUACGAUUACUUGCCCAUGUUUGGAAUAUGAGAACAGGCAGUUAGUUAUUAAGCUAAAGACAAAAACCAACACAGACUAUUUCCUUGACUGUUGCUCUCGAGAAGAGCGUGACAUUUGGGCUUUGGAUAUAACUGGUGCUAUUCAUGCUGGCAAUCCAGUGCAAGUUCAGCAACUUCAUCUCAUGAGAAACUCCUUCAAACUUCCUGCAAAUAUCAGUCUGAAUCAUAUUGUAGACAAAAUGUAUGACAGCAGCAGUGGAAUCAAGAUAACACCCAACACAGGACAAGGCAGCUUGUAUAAAGAAAGCUUUACAGGCUCCAUAUUGAUAGAUUGGUUGAUUUCCAAUAGUUUUGCAGCUUCCCGGCUUGAAGCAGUCACACUGGCCUCUGUGUUGAUGGAUGAAAAUUUCAUUAAACCUGUGGGAGUCCGCAGCACUGGAGCCAUGAGGAAUGGAGAUUUGGCUGAGCAAUUUUUAGAUGACUCUACUGCCUUGUAUGCAUUUGCUGAAAGCUAUAAGAAAAAGGUUAAUACUAAAGAACAGCUUAAUAUUAACAUUCUUGAACUGAGUGGCACAAUUUUAAAGCAAGGCUUUUUGAUAAAACAGGGGCACAAGAGGAAGAACUGGAAAGUGAGGCGCUUUGUCCUGAGGUCAGACCCUGCUUUCCUACACUACUAUGACCCCACAAAGGAAGAUAACAAACCAGUUGGGGGAUUUUCUCUCCGUGGUUGCCUUAUCUCAGCACUGGAAGACAACGGAGUCCCAACAGGAGUGAAAGGAAAUGUGCAGGGCAACCUCUUCAAAAUCAUCACAAAGAAUGACAUUCACUAUUACAUACAGGCUAGUUCCAAGACAGAAAGAGCUCACUGGAUCGAGGCAAUCAAGCCACUAACAUAGAAGAUGUACCAAAGUGCGUUAAUGGGACAGUG